AGAUAAGUGCAACUUUAAAGAAGAGACGAUCGAAUCAGUGGACCAAGAAAACAAAGUACACAAACAAACAUUUAAUGAAUAUCCACCAAAAUAAAUAAAUAAAUAAAUAAAUGAAAAAAGUCCAAGACUAUCCCCCCUUCCUUUGUCCUCCUCUCUCUUCACAAACUAAUUACUUGCUCCCAAAUCUCUCUCUCUAUCUCUAUUUUUUUACUGCUACCAAAUUGCAUGCAGCCAAUAAUCCUCCUCAUUCCCUAACCCCUUUCACCAUAUAAAAUUCCCAAAUCCCCCAAUUAUUUUUUUAAAUAAAAAACCAUGAAGCGAGAAUUGGCCGAAGAAGAUAAACAACAACCAAUGUUCUCCAAAUUCCACCACCUCUCCUCCUCCGCCGCCGCCGCCGCCGGUGACUACCCAGAAGCCGACAGCCACACCCCACCCAAUGCCGCCGACGGCGCCACCAUCGAGGUCGUCCGCCGCCCCCGCGGCCGCCCCCCCGGCUCCAAAAACAAGCCCAAACCCCCCGUGAUAAUCACGCGCGACGCCGCCGAGCCGGCCAUGAGCCCCUACGUCCUCGAGCUCCCCGGCGGCGUGGACAUCGUCGACUCCACCGCCCGCUUCUGCCGGAAAAGGAACAUCGGGCUCUGCCUCCUCAGCGGCAGCGGCGCCGUCACCAACGUCACCCUCAAGCAGCCGUCCUCCUCCCCCGGCGCCACCGUCACUUUCCACGGCCACUUCGACAUCCUCUCCAUCUCCGCCACCGUCCUCCCCCCCUCCGCAUCACCCUCCCUCUCCUCCCCCUUCUCCCUCUCCCUCGCCGGUCCGCAGGGGCAGGUCGUCGGGGGGCACGUGGUGGGCUCGUUAAUCUCCGCCGGCACGAUCUACCUCGUCGCGGCGAACUUCAGCAAUCCGUCGUUCCACCGCCUCCAGGCGGCGGAGCAGGAGGAGGAGAAUUCCGGCGGACAUGAUUCGCCUAAGACGCCGCCGCCGCCGGCGUACACCUAUCCGGCGGAGAACGACGUCGUGUGGGCUCCAGCGAACAGACAUCAGCCGCCUCCGCCGCCUUACUGAUUAUUGUUUUAAUUGAAUAUUGCUGCUAUAUUAGUUGGUUUUGUUUAAUUAGUUUGGUUUGUGGGGGAUUUUUGGUUGUAAUUUUUUAUGAUUAAUUAGCUUUUUUCAGAAAUUUGAUGUAUUUGGUUUAUUUAACAUAUGAAAAUGCUGUGUUUGUGGUUGUGGAGGAAUGGGGGGAUCUAAUAUUCGAAUAACGGGAAAUUAAUUGAGCUGUCUGUAUGCAUUGGUGUGUGAUGUAUUUAAAUAUUUUUUGAAAAUAAAGUAAUACUAGUAAAAUGGUGGCAGAAUCAGACUGGAUGUUCAGAGGAAUAGGGGUAGCUUUUUAGGCAUGGUUGCUGCUGGCGCGGCUGCUGAGAUUUCGUAUAUAUCAUCAAUUAUUAUUUUGAAAACUCAGUUUAUUUGUGUAUGCAUAUAUUUUGGAUGUACUAUUGUAUUUGAUGUUUUAAUAGGAAUAGGAAUAGGAAUAGGAAUAGGAAUAGGAAUAGGAAUAGGAAUAGGAUGAUGUAAUUUGUUUGGGUGAGGUCACAAGCACACUGCACAAGCAAUGGAUGUUUCAAUUUUUUUAACCUUGCUGUGCUUGGAUCUUAUGAGGAGCCUCAAAUUGAGCACUAAAAGAUUACUAUGUUUUAUUUGUAUACUAAUUAUUCAAAUAAGUCUGGUUUAUUUUUCUCAUUUUUUA